AUGGCCACCGAAUUGGCAGUCCAGAGCGAGCGCGCCUACCAGAAGCAGCCACACAUCUUCACCAACCACAAGCGCGGCAGCAAAGCAGCAAAGUCCACGAAGGUCGGCAAGGGCGGCAGGAGAUGGUUCAAGGACGUCGGACUGGGCUUCAGGACGCCCAAGCAGGCGAUUGAGGGAAAGUACAUUGACAAGAAGUGCCCCUUUACCGGCAUGGUCUCCAUCCGCGGUCGUAUCCUCACCGGCACCGUCGUCAGCACCAAGAUGCACCGCACCAUCGUCGUCCGCCGCGAAUACCUCCACUUCAUCCCCAAGUACUCCCGUUACGAGAAGCGCCACAACAACCUCGCAGCGCACGUCAGCCCAGCGUUCCGUGUGGAGGAGGGUGACAGAGUGACUGUGGGACAGUGCCGGCCGUUGAGCAAGACUGUGCGAUUCAAUGUGCUGCGUGUGCUGCCACGUACGGGCAAGGCUGUGAAGCAGUUCAACAAGUUCUAG